AUGUGGAGGGGAGCCGCUCUGGUCGCCUGGCUAGCCGCAGCUGUUUCGUGCGCACCGUCGCCUCAGGACCUAAAGACCGAUAUUACCAUCCUUCGAGACAAUGAUCUUCUAGACUUGAAGAGUCCGUCAGCAAAUUCCAGUGCUCUCUUCUUUGGCGAAGCUCUAACACUCGAUGAUGCAAAGGCCACCUGCAAAGAGCUCGGGGAGCAAUUGUGGUCUCCUGAUUCGAACAGCAUCCAAAGACUCCUAGCUAUUCUCGAUUAUCGAGAGAAGAAUGUACCUGCGAUCUGGGUCGCAGAAGAGAAAGACAGCAGCGAUACUAGGGCGAUCAGUUCCAAGGGGGUUCUGUCUUCUCCUAGUGCCUCUGACGCUCUUCCGGCGUUGUGUACGCAUACGGCGCCAUUUUCCAACGGUGUUUCUCAGGAUACAAGCAAUCAGUGGCAAGUAACGAUACACUCAAACAACGAUGAUAUACUUGGAUUCCGAGACAGAAAUAGCUUUCGCUUCCAGGGCUUGCGAUACGCCUCGAAAACGACGCGAUUCACAUACCCGAAGCUAUACACUGGCUCCGGUGGCAACGCCUCGGCCCUCGAAUACGGCUCCCCCUGCUACCAAGGCUUCGGCGGCAAUGAAGACUGCCAUUUUUUGAAUAUUUAUACACCCUAUAUUUCACGGUCUAGACAAACAGACAAGAGGCUCCGGCCAGUCAUGUUCUGGAUCCAUGGAGGAGCUCUUACUAGUGGGUUUGGCAGUGAUCCAAUGUUUGACGGAGGGAACCUUGCCUCACGGGGUGAUGUCGUGGUCGUUACCAUAAACUACCGUUUAGGAACAUUGGGGUUUCUGGCUCUCGAUGAUGACGUAACGAACGGAAACUAUGGCCUUGCCGACCAGAUUGUAGCAUUGGAUUGGGUCCAAGAGCAUAUUCGUGAUUUCGGAGGAAACCCAGCAGAAAUCACCAUCUUUGGGCAAUCCGCUGGCGGCGCGUCUGUCCGCGCUCUAAUGGCGUCUCCCAGAGCAAAGGGCAAGUUCGCCGGGGCCAUCCCUUUAAGCAGUUUGGGAGGGUUGACGUAUGGGAAGUCUUAUGCCAAGUACUUUUCCAUCACCAAUGAGAUGGCAGUCGUUGGGAACACUAUUCUCGAAAGUGCGAAUUGCACCAAAGCCAAAUCGAAAGUUGACUGCCUCCGUCAAUUGCCAGUCGAAAAACUUGGCUUCGGUGCCCGCUAUAUGGUUGUAGACGGCAAAUACCUGACAUCUGAUGAGCUACAGCUUAAUGGGGAUCCUAUAGACGUCCACCUCAUGAUGGGAAUCACUUCAGAAGACGGCUUACCGUUUCUCAUCUUUCCGCAGAACGGCACCGUUCCCAAUAUCACAUCAUGGCUUACAUCUCAAGGUCUUCCAGACCCCCCGCCGGAUCUUUUCCCUCCGCUUAAGACUAGUAACAAAACGCGGGCGGCAUUUGGAGUUGGUGCGCAACUGGCGACUGACGCCAUGUUUCGCUGUAUCGACCAGGCGACGGUAUAUGCCGGACUCAACAGCGGCGUGCUUGGUUCGAAGGUGUAUUAUUACGAGUAUGAACGGACAUACCAAACAUUGGAGUGGCCAAGGCUCGACAUCUGCGAAGCGCCGAAGUCUGAGGAACAUCCUACCGGCGAUCCUGAAUCAUCUACAAACAACUUGAGAUGCCAUUCCGGGGACCUGAUUCCAAUGUUCGGUAAUCUUGCGCGUCAAGGACUGCCGUUUCGUGAUGAGAACGACUUGCCAUGGGAGCAGUACAUGGUCGAUACAUUCUCUUCAUUUGCGAGGACGUACGAUCCAAAUCCAGACAAGGACUUCUUGCGAGCAAGGGGUUUCAAUAGUACACUGGAAGCACUCGAGAAGUCAGGCCCCUGGGAGCCAUCUGUUAAAGAUGAUAUGAAGAUGAGGUUGUUUGAUUGGCCGGUAGAUGAUCAAAUGAUGAGAGGUUUCAAGGACAUAGAGCAGUGCAAGUGGCUGAACCUACCGCUAGAUUUCUACAUUUAA